UGCCUUUAAGUCCCAACACAGCUCACAGACUUCUGCUUGGAAGUCAAAGGAGACUUCAUCCAGCAUCUUGUCCCCUCCUCCUCUUCCUCUCCUCCUCUCCUCCUCUCUCCAUCUCUCUACUAGCACCCCACAGCCAAUCUGAGCCUGUGACUAAAGCGCCAUCUCUCAGGCUGCUUGCUUGCUGCACACACUCCAGGCUGCAACCACAUCCUCUCUGGGUCUGCAGGCGCUAAAUAGGAGCCACCUCUGAAUUCAAAGCGCAUUUUAAGACGUCGCUCUGCAGGAAUCAGAAAAAAGAAAAACGGAAAAUACAGCAAAUAUAUAAAUCUACAGCAGCAGCCUGUAUAUUCUCUGGGAGCAAACCAGCUGCAGACACUUUGUAGCCCUGGAGCGUGCAAGAGCAGACUGGACCGGCUUGCUUUCUUUUUCCUCCAAAACAUGGGGCGCAAAGAGAGGAGCGCACUGGAGGGAGGGAGGAGAUAGAUAAAUAGAUUGGUAGAAAGAAGAAGAGGAAGAGGAAGAAAAAGAAGCCAAGCGUCCAUUUGGCUUUGGAGCAACAGCACUACAAUAAAAAUCUCUGACCUCGACCCCCCUCUGGACAGUGGGAAGCUGGUUGUUGAAAUGGAGAUGUCGAGAUUUUCUCUCAUCCUCUAUUCUCCUCCUCCUCCUCCUCCUCCUCCAACACACAUGCUGCUGCUGCUGCUGCUGCCGAGGCUGAUGAUGAUGGUGAUGAUGAUGAUGUUUGCGUAGGAGUGUUUUAUUUUGCGGGCAGCGUUGGUUGAACCAGUCUCUCUACUGUUCAAACAACUCCAGACAAAGCUUGUUGUGGAUGGAACUGUGCGCGUCUUUCCAGAGAUAUUAUUGUUGUUUUUUUUGGUGCGUUUUUUUCUUGGUGCGUCUUUUUUGGGGUGUUUUUUCAGGUGUCUUUCUGAAAAUCUGAGUCUGGAAUUGGACAGAAAAUGUUUUGCAUGACAAGAAUGUGUCUGGGAAAGUAGUCUGGCAACAAAGAAUAUUUUGUGCAUAUGCUAUUUUUUUUUUUUCUCCUUUUAAUUAACAACUAAAGAGGAUCAGGCCCAGCAGGGUUUUUAAUUUUGGACUCAAGUCGAGCUCAAUUCGAUAGCUGGCACUUGCUGAUUACUUUGCUGACAUUUGGGGCUUUUUUUCUUCUUCUUGCUAUUGGUCUCAUUAUUAUUCAGUGACUGAGAUUGACACACAAAGUCCAACCAGCAGAGGUCAGGACCUGCAGCUCCAAGGAGCCACCACUACCCUAGAUGUGACCAGGUGAAUUCCUCUUAUCUCUGAAGGGUGUUGAUGGAGAGCCAUUCGAAUGACAGCCGGGACAGUGGUCAUCACUGGCGGAAUUCUAGCUACAGUAAUAUUACUCCUUAUCAUCGCAGUACUGUGCUACUGUAGGCUGCAGUAUUAUUGCUGCAAGAAGGAAGAGUCCGAGUCGGAGGAGGAGGAGCCAGACUUCGCUGUUACGUCCCGCCUCCCGCCGGUCCACUCUAAUCACAACAUUGUGGCGGCGACGGCCGCCGCCUCCUCCAUCCCCAAUGGCCCCGCCCUUUUCUCCACCCCUCCGCUGGCCAGGAAACUGACGCGUUCGCAGACCUUCUGUCCAUCCUGUACGCACUAUGAGAUGCCUUUCUACCUCCAGCCGCCCCCUCAACCGCAGGUCCACCUUCAACCAGAUGGGUUGAGGAACGGAGGCGACCGGAUCAGCUACCGCAGCGUCCAGCAGCAGGACCUGGACCUGCCGGUGCCUGUGAACAUUUCAAACUACCGUAAACCAAACCUCGCCCGGUCGGUCACCAUGAGGGACAUGUUCCAACGCAGCUGUAGCAUCAGCACUGAUGUUUAGCCGGGCGAGGUUGCAGUUGGGAUGGCCUAUGACUUGGGCUUGAGCCAGACUGUGUUUUUGUCAUCUUGACCCUUUUAGUCCAGUCUAGUGUGGUCUGAUCUAGUCUGGUCUCGUUCUAUACUGGUCACCUCUUGCAGAAUGGAGGACUCAGAUGGCUCUCAGGACAGGAUUUUCAAAGGUACUAUGCUCAGGUCCAGGACCUUACACAUGGGCCAAUAUAGAGUUUAAAGUAUUUAAAAAAAAAAUGUUAAAUUAUCAAUAACAUUGGUUUGUUUUGAAUAGCUCUUUUUUAACACUAAGAAUGGAAUUUGUUUUACGAUUUGAUAAAGUUUGCGUAGCCCUACUUCCCCUGGACUCUUCUACCCAUGGCCUGAAAGACACACAGAUUCCCGCCAUGUCAAAAUGACAUAAUCGGCAGGGAUUUUCUCUCUGCCAUAGCUGCUACAGUCGAAAUAUGAUUAGGAGAAGUCCAGUGUUUCCCUCUCCUAUGACGGGAUGAUCGGUCUGCUCCUCCAUCCACAGAUUAUAGAGAUUAUAAAAUAUCACUCACCACCAGUGGACGAAGGGGGGAUGUCAUGUUUUAGCUGCCGCCCACCGACAUUUCAGAUAGACUUAACUUAGGCCAUAAUAUUUUACGACAUAAAGGGCUCACAGAAGACGGAAAUCCCUGCUUGUUUUUUUUCUCCACAUCCUUUCAUAGAGGUCUCUCUGGUUUCUCUGAGUGUCUGCUGACCACACAAAGUGUAUAUAUAUAUACAGUAUACUACAUACACUUGAGCAGAGACAGACCUCUGUGUUCUUGCAGGCGGGGUGGACUACAUGUAGGUGCCAAAGGGGGACGGGUUCUUGCAUUCGUGUGCAUUCGUGUGACUGUGCUUGCAUGCAUGUGUGUGUGUGCGUGUGUGUAUAACUCAGUUGUUAUACCAGGAUUCUUAUUCCAUAAAGUCUGUCACCCCCCCUAUGUAUACCGAACCCAAGUGGUGGGUUGCAAUAACAUUUUAAACAUUUAUUGUAAAGGGUGAAGGGAUUGUAUUAGUUUGCCACUUUACCUUUUAAAUUAAUGCAAAGAGUGACCAGAUUUUGUAAAUGUUUAUUUUACUGAUUAACGCUGUAACACAGACUCGUUGUAGGUGGCAGUCAGAGGAGUUUUUACGGCAACUUUACAGCGUGAUAUUCAUUUAAGGUCUUCACUGGAGUUUCUUUUCAUGGACUCUUCACUGCAUUCCUUGUGUCGUCAUUUGUUGAUACGUGGAUUCAUGGGCUAGUUCACCUUUAAAGGCACAUCUAUAAAUAUUUAACAGGCCAUAGCAUACACUCUCUCUCGACUCGUUGGACUGAGGAAUAUUUGCUCUUCCUCUGAGGUACUCAGAGAGGUCCUUCUUGGGAUUGUUUUUAUUUCCACCGCUUGGCUGAGCGGCCUGGCAGGAGGAGCAGUGGCUGAGUUUUAUGGACACGGGACACACGUUUAAUGAAUGAAAUUAUUUACUGCUUGAUUUCAAGAAGAAAUGCUUGUGGUUGUGAGAGGCUUGAAGCUGAUUGGAUUGUCCCUCUUGGAACGCCCCCCUUCUAAAAAAUGGAUGGUAAAUGCUGUUGUACCUCUCUUUCUGUCUCUCUGCUGAUUUUUAUCAGCAAUCAUGCUCAUUUAUAUUCCCAAAGGGUGAGACAGUGAGUGAUUUCGUUUUAAGUUUUUCCUCUUGUGUGCUUUCCUGCAAAUACACAACAACACACAUGCACACACACACACAUACAUCAACACACUCAAUGCUACGCUUUUACUUUUUAAACCGAUGUGACAGUUGCACAGGAAAUUUUGUGCCAUAAAGAAUUAUGAGAGAAGUUUAUUAUAAUUAUUAUCAUUAUUAUUAUUAUUAUUACAAGUGUAUAUUCAAAUGCAGUGUUGCUUUUUCCCUACAGUAUUUGAAUUACUUGCUUUAUUUUAUGAUCCAGCUGGUUUUUCAGACUCAGUACAGUACAGCAGAAAUGUCUCUGUCCUUGUUUCUAAUAUAUAACUAACAGACACAUUGUUGCUAAUAAAAUGGUGUGAAAAUCCUCCU